ACUGCUCAAAGCUCUGCCUGUACUGCACCGUGUAGGCACUACUCUAGAGGCAACGCGAGAGACCAAAGCUUUUUUUCGGGGCUCGAUCGGCUAUUCGUUUUAUAUUAUAUAAAAUCAGCCACCGCGGGCUGCCCGCAAGUCAUUUAGUGUUCAGUGCUCGAAUCGCUAGGAUUUCCCUACUUAGCAUCCUUCGGGAUAUUAUAAACCGACCGUUUAUGUGCGCGUGUGUGUGAAUGAAUUGAAGCUGUAAGGUGUUGUAGACGACCAUCCCCUGUUCCCGCUUUCCGCCAUUGUUCCUCUUUGAAGAUCCUUACGGUUCCUGUAUCAACUGCAGUGUUGCCAGCUGUUUGUGUCCAGUGGAAGAUCCAAGUGUUCAUCAAUCAAUUAAAAUCUACCACAAUGAAAGCUUUCGCAGUCUGCUUUGCCAUCGUCCUUUCCUUGGCCCUCGCCGCGGCGCAACGCUUCGGAAGUCCACUGCCGGCAUUUGGACUUAGCUCGCUAACAGGAGACUUUGGUGGACCAACCGCCUUUGGAGGACAGGACUUCAGCUCUGGUAGUUUAACCGCCGCAACCACAGCCGGUCGUGAUCCACGACAGAACCGAGGCCCAGUCGUGUUCCCACCACCACCAACCGAUGGUCCAAUGGAGUCCAGCGGAGUCGUCGUUGGCGCUUCCGGUUACGGAUUUGUACCACCAAAUGCGCCACAAAUGUACUUUUAAGAACGUCAAUCCCCACGGGCCUGGUCGAGCUGGAGCAUUUUUACCAUCCCCUAGGCAUGAUAUUAUAGUGCGAUGAUAAUGUGCGUGAAUAACAAAACAAAAAAACAUUUGGUUUGUGUGUGUAACGCGUUAAACAAUUUCGCUAACCUCCAACUAUAAUCGAUAGAUAGUCCAACGAAUGCGAAAUAUCUAACUACUAGUUUUCAGUAUUGCUAUUUCAUAGAAAUACUUUUCGCUAAAUUAUUUGUUCCCCAUUUAUCUUUUUCGCAGAUACGUUUCACUCCAUUUACAGAAAUCUAAGAUACUUCUAAGUCAUGACAAAUUACUAGGCUUCCAAAAACUGCUUUCCCCCCAUCGGACUCAAAUACUGAUUAGUGUAUAUUUUUAAAAGGAACAACAAAUGCAUCAUCGUUUUACUUAGUCUCUAUUUGUACCCAUAAUUUAUAGCCUAUCUUGGGCUCGGCCUGAGCUGAAUUUGAUGCCAUAUCAAAUUUUGACCCCAAAAUUGAUUUUCCCCAAUCUGAAAAUAGUGGUUUUUCGAUCAAACAAAAAUUACAUUUUGUAUUUAUUUGUAAUUAUUCAUAGACGCUUAGGUAAAGACAAUUGUAAUUUAGAUAAUCGUUAAGUAGCGCUGUACAAAUCGAAUCAAUGACAAUACGUGAAGCUAGAUGGUGUAAAUUUGUGAACCUCUGUAUUAUAAGUUUGAAAUGCUGGUUGUUUAUUUAAUAAAUUAUUCUAGUUGACACUUUGAAUGUAAACGAACGAAAAACAAA